CCCCCGCCAACCAAUCCCCUCCCUCCACGUGUCCCCCCGUCCCCCGCGCCCUCCUCCCUCCACCCUCCACCUCCUCCACCCCCUCUCUCUCCCACCAUCAACAGCUCCAACCUCCCACACAUUCUCUCCGCUUCUUCCCGCUCCUCCUCCACCGCCAAGCGCCAACAGCGCCGGCGCCGUCCGUCUGGGCCAAAGCUCCCUCACAUACUGUCGGAAUCGAGCCUUGCUUCUUCCCCGCGAAGCCCGAAAUCGAAUUUCAAUAAUCCCUUUGGGUUCCCAUCGGCUUUUCAAGCGGACUCAACAUACUCGAGCACGCCCUCUCAGGCCUCGUCCAUGUGGAACUGGGAAAAUUUCUACCCUCCUUCGCCUCCAGACUCUGAGUUCUUCGAGCGCAAAAAAGCACAAUCCCAAUCCCACCAAUCUAAUCACCAACAACAAUCCCCUGACCCAGAAGAUUUCGACGACGACAAUACAGAGACAGAGGCCGAAGAAGCCGAGCCCGAGACCGAAACCGAGAGAUCGGAGUACGAUUUCUUCCUCAACCACCAAAACCCGAAAGCCCAGAACAACCAUCACCAGAAAAUGCACGAGUAUGCUCAAUCUGAGCAGUAUGCUCGGUCCGAGAAGUAUGCUCCGUCCGGGAAGUAUGCUCAAUCUGAGCAGUAUGCUCGGUCUGAGAAGUAUGCUCCGUCCGAGAAGUAUGCUCAAUCGGAGAAGUAUGCUCAGUCUGAGAAGUAUGCUCAGUCUGAGAAGUAUGCUCAAUCUGAGAGAGAGGAGGUGCAGUGCAGUGAGUGGGGCGACCAUGACCACGACCAUUACAGCACGACGAGCUCGUCGUCGGACCAUGAAGGGGAUGACGAGCGGGAGUCGAGAUCCGAGAUGGGUACCCGGUCGAAUUUCGAGUCGGUGUCGGUUCGGGCGGAAUCGGUGGCCGGUACAGGUACUUUUCCGGCGGCUCAGGCAAUGCCCAGGUUUACGCCGAGUACGAGCAAGUCGGAGAGGUCGGAGGGCGGGAGUACUUAUAGGAGCAGUGAGAUCUCGAAUAUGAAGAUGGUGGUGAGACACAAGGAUUUGAAGGAGAUUGUGGAGGCCAUUAAGGAGAAUUUCGACAAGGCUGCCAUGGCUGGAGACCAGGUUUCAGAGAUGCUCGAGACCAGCAGGGCCCAGCUUGAUCGGAGCUUCAGGCAGCUCAAGAAGACAGUGUAUCACUCCAAUAGUGUGCUGAGCACCUUGAGCUCCAGUUGGACUUCAAAACCGCCGCUGGCGGUGAAGUACCGGCUCGAUGCCGGUUCGCUGGUCGACACCGGCGGUUCGAAGAGCCUUUGCUCCACUUUCGAACGCCUUUUGGCUUGGGAGAAGAAGCUCUACGAGGAAGUCAAGGCUAGAGAAGGUGUCAAGAUUGAGCAUGAGAAGAAGUUGUCUGCGCUGCAACAUCAGGAGUACAAGGGGGAGGACGAAGCCAAGGUAGACAAGACCAAGGCUUCGAUAAAGAGGCUGCAAUCACUAAUUAUUGUCACAUCUCAGGCCGUCUCAACGACCUCCACCGCCAUCAUUGAUCUUAGAGACUCUGAUCUUGUGCCUCAGCUUGUUGAACUGUGCCAUGGGUUCAUGUACAUGUGGAGAUCAAUGCACCAGUACCAUGAAGUCCAAAACGACAUUGUACAACAGGUUAGGGGACUUGUGAACCGGUCAGCCAAGGGUGACUCAACCUCGGAACUGCACCGACAGGCAACUCGUGACCUUGAAUCUGCUGUCUCUGCCUGGCACUCCAGUUUCUGCCGCUUAAUAAAGUUCAAACGGGACUUUAUCCGGUCUGUUCAUGGUUGGUUCAAGCUCACCCUUCAACCCGUAAACAAUGACAUGACAUUCAAUGUGCACAGUGAAUCUUCUGAUGUAUAUUCCUUCUGUGAUGAGUGGAAGCUUGCACUUGAGCGUGUCCCUGACACAGUGGCUUCUGAGGCUAUCAAGAGCUUUAUCAAUGUUGUCCAUGUAAUCUCUAUAAAACAGAGUGAGGAGCUCAAGAUAAAAAAACGCACUGAAACUGCAUCGAAGGAGCUUGAGAAGAAGGCUUCUUCUCUCCGGAACAUUGAAAAGAAGUUCUACCACUCCUACUCCAUGGUUGGUAUAGGGCUUCCUGACUCGGGGCCUGAAAACAGGCAGGUUUUGGAUGCUCGAGACCCGCUUGCUGAGAAGAAAUCUGAACUUACAACCUGCCAGAGGCGGGUCGAAGAUGAGAUGAUGAGGCACUCAAAGGCAGUGGAGGUGACAAGGGCCAUGACACUAAACAAUCUUCAAACAGGCUUACCGGGGGUUUUUCAGGCGCUGACCAGUUUUUCUGGCUUAUUUACAGAGGCACUUGAGACAGUUUGUACUCGUUCGUACGCUAUCAAAUAGAUGGAUACGUAAUUUUGGUGUCUGUUUUUGUGGUAAGUUGGAAUUUAUUAGAGCUGGGAUUUUUUGGCAGUGGGCUCAGAUUGUUGGUAGUAUUCUUUUGGGGGGUUACAACAUGUAAAUAUAUGGAAUUUUGUGAUUUUGCAAUCCUUUGUUUUUUUUUUGGGGAGGAAGGAAAAUGCCUGUACAGGAAAAUGCUUAGAUUGUUGUAACCCGAGCUUCGCUGUUUUCAGCAUACCAAUAAAUAUACAUGCUUAGCCUAUUUUGUCC